AUGUCAAACGAAAAAGAAUUUGAACAAAUUAAUGAUAACGAUAUUGUAAUUCCUAAAAAACCUCAUUACCCUCCUACCAUUAAACCUCAAGACCUUCUUCCAAAAAAUUCUAAUAGUGGAAAACUUGUUAGAAUGCCGAAUGCAUUUAUUGUUUAUCGUAUAGUAGUUUGUCAAUGUUUAAGAUCUCAAAAUAUUUGCAUUACUAUGCCAGAUGCCUCUUCUUUGGCAUCUGAAUUUUGGGCACAUGAACCAAUUUAUGUAAAAGCUACUUAUAAAAAGAUCGCUAGUGAAGCUAAAUUACUUUACGAUAAACAAUUAUCUUCUAAUGAUAAUAAUAAUAAGGAAGAAUUAAAGGAGAUGAACUUUAAGGAAUCUAAAAAAUCUAAAAAAUCAUCUUCCGUUGUGGUAGAACCUAAAAAUGAAAAUAUGGAAUUUACUACCGCUACUACUGCUAUUACUGCGGAAAAUCUUAAUUCCGAAUUAAUUUCGUUUUCUUCUCAAAAUAUUUAUCAUCCACAACAAAUUCAGGAAUUUAACUUCCAUAAUUACGUUUAUAAUAAUUAUAAUAAUUACAAUGAUUAUAAUAAUAAUUAUAAUUAUAAUGACUACAAUGAUUAUAAUAAAUAUAAUAAUUAUAAUAAUAAUGACUAUGACAAUUAUUAUGUGUGUGAUAAUCAAAUUUAUUCGAAUGUUUACAUUUUAUAG